AUUCCUGCUACCUGCUCCAACGACCUUUGGCUGACAACUAGGCCGAACCUUCAAACAACCUCCAUACACAUUCUCUUUAUCCAAAUUUUUAUAGAUCGCUAGCACAUCAAGCCAUGGCUCCUGUUGCUGUGACCCCUCCUCCUAUCGAGGCCAAACAAACUCGUCCUGGCUUUCAACGUGCCAACACUGCCAACAUGGGCACGAAGCGCAAGAUCAUUUGCUUUUCAGACUUUGAUGGCACGAUUUUCAUGCAAGACACUGGCCACACUCUGUUCGACAAUUUCGGCUGCGGUGCUGAACGAAGGGCCACCCUUGCCCACCAGAUGGAAACCGGAGAACGGACAUUCCGUGAAGUCUCUGACGAACUCUAUGCAUCGUUAGACGUCCCCUUCGAAGAUGGCUUUGAGGUCAUGAAGUCAGCCUUGGAGAUCGACCCUGAUUUUCAAUCCUUCCACGAGUUCUGCGUCAACAACAACAUCCCCUUCAACGUCAUCUCGGCUGGUCUGAAACCUGUCCUAAGAAGAGUCCUCGAUCAUUUCAUCGGUCAAGAUAUGAGUCAACACAUUGAGAUUGUCGCCAAUGAUGCCAAGAUUGCCGAUGACGGUAGCAAGUGGGAGGCCGUGUGGCGGCACGAUACCGACCUCGGCCACGACAAGGCACAGUCAAUCAACGAAUACCGCCAAAGUGCCGCCCUAGAAGCCGACAACGGUACAAUCCCUCUGAUUGUCUUCAUUGGCGAUGGAGUCUCGGACCUCCCAGCUGCCCGUGAGGCCGAUGUGCUCUUUGCUCGCCGUGGGUUGAGACUGGAGGAAUAUUGUGUCGAGCACAACAUCCCCUUCAUCCCUUUCGACACAUUUGCAGACAUUCAACGCGAGGUCAUCAAGAUUGCCAAGGUCGAUGACCAGCAGACGCACGGCAAAGGUUUGCCUGCGACCUUCAAUCCUCGCGCCAACAUGUGGCGCCGGGCCAGCAGCAAAGCUGCCGUCCCAGUCUUCGCCGCCUUUAGUCCUGUCUUGGAGAAAUCAACAUUCAACUUUCCAGAGACAUUUCCCACCACACAGUCUGCAGUGGUAUCGGACAAGGACGCUGCAAAGACCGCCAUCGCUGCUCCCGUCGCUUGAGCCAUUGUCCUCAACUGAGCGUAUUGUCAAGCGUGUCAAGACAUCUUUCUAGCUUCAUAAACAUUGUCUUCUUUCAGCGAGGGGUAUAUGGCGUUUGCGAAAAUCUUUUCAUGUCAUUGAACUUCACCACAUCAACAGGGACUGUAUUUCUUUCAAGCUAGAUUACACCUAGAGUAGAUUUGCUUCAUGUUGGAGAUACCAGCUCGAGAAGUAUACGAACUGUUCGACGGCGAACCCUGUUACCAUUUCCUUGGGCGACUGUAUGGCACAUGAAACAUGCAUUUCGUGAUCAACCCGGGUAAUGUUUCUGUAUGUUUCUGUAAGCUCACAUCUGAGGCUUCUUUCUCCGAAGGCCCCCCGAA